UGAGCACUAGCACAUGGGAAGGAGUGGCAGCCUGCCUCUCUCCUCUCCUCAAAUCUGGCCAAGGUGACACAGCUGAUUUUACCUCCAGCAGCCACGUUGCCUCCUCAGCCGUCCUGCUAUGCCUAAGCCAGGGCUGUCCCCUUUGGCCUCGUCCCCUGGCUCUGAGGAGGCGUCCUGCCACGUCUCCAUGUCGUCGCCCCCAGCCUCCCAGUCCCAGUCGCGGGUGAAGUAUGUGUCCCUGGGUGUGCUGGUGCUGCAGACCACCUCGUUGGUGCUCACUAUGAGGUACUCGCGCACGCUGCAGGGCGAGGGGCCCCGCUACCUAGCCUCCUCAGCCGUGGUUUCGGCCGAGAUGCUCAAGAUCCUCACCUGCCUGCUGCUCGUCUUCUACGACCACAGCUUCAGUGUUCGGGCGUUGAAUCGUGUGCUGAAUGAAGAGAUUCUUAAUAAGCCCAUGGAGACGUUGAAGCUGGCCAUCCCAUCAGGCAUCUACACACUCCAGAACAACCUGCUUUAUGUCGCCCUGUCCAACCUGGAUGCUGCUACCUACCAGGUGACGUACCAGCUGAAGAUCCUGACCACAGCACUGUUUUCAGUGUCCAUGCUGGGGAAGAGACUGGGGUUCUACCAGUGGCUCUCCCUGCUCAUCCUCAUGACUGGUAUCGCUCUCGUACAGUGGCCUACAGAGUCUAUGGGUGGGCCAUCUCAGAGGCCUCUGUCUGCAGGCUCCCAGUUAGUAGGUGUGAUAGCGGUACUGAUAGCCUGCUUCUCCAGUGGUUUCGCUGGAGUCUACUUUGAGAAGAUCCUCAAAGAAACCAAACAGAGUGUGUGGGUCCGCAACAUCCAGUUAGGUUUGUUUGGCCUGGUGUUUGGUCUAAUUGGAGUGUUUGUGUACGACGGAGAGAGAGUGAAGGAGUCCGGAAUGUUCCAAGGUUACAACUCAAUCACCUGGACCGUUGUAGCCCUGCAGGCUCUGGGUGGGUUGGUCAUAGCAGCAGUCAUUAAGUAUGCAGACAACAUCCUGAAGGGCUUUGCCACGUCACUCUCCAUCAUCCUGUCAACACUCAUAUCCUACUUCUGGUUGAAGGACUUCGACCCAACCAGUGUGUUCUUCCUGGGAGCAGUGCUGGUCAUUGCUGCCACCUUCCUUUACAGCCACGAGGGCAAGAGGCCUGCCAUCAACCGUAGCAAAGUGUAGAGGGAGAUCCAUCACCCACAGCCUUGGAACUCCAAAGAAGAGACACACAGGGCAAGAUGGACGGAGGAAUAUGUUGCUGAGAAGUGGUGCUGAGCAAUUAACCAAAAUGUCGGUUAUUUUUCCAUUUUAAAACAACUAAUUGACCGACCUUAGUUCAAUUAUUUGAAUUCCAUUUCGCUGCAGUUUCUCUAGAGAUAAAUCAGA